AUGCCCGCCUCGAGGCUGCGGGGCGAGGGGCACCAACUGCCUCUGUCUCACUUUCUCACGACUUCCUUUGAGAUCGAGAGGAGCCAGUCUGUGGCAGUGGACCAAUUAGUCGCAACGGAUAUGAGCGGCAGCAAUGGCCAUGGUGCUGCCAAUGGUGUGCUUGAUACCCAUGACAGGCAAUUCACCUUCCGGGCAGUUGGGAUGGGCCUGCUGGUUGGGGUGGUAAUGUGCUGCUCCAACAUGUACUUUGGGCUUCAAUCAGGUUGGGUUACAAUGGGGAGCCUGCAGUCCGCGGUGCUGGGCUUUGGAGCAUUCAAGGCUCUUCAAAAGUGCGGUCUGGGGAGGGGUUUCAGCAUGGCAGAGAAUGUGAUUCUGCAGACAACUGCUGUGGCUACAGCAACCAUGCCUCUCACAGCAGGUUAUGUGGGUAUCAUCCCUGCCUUGGGCAUGCUCACACCCACAGACAACCCACCGAAUGGCCAUGUGGUGCUGAGCGUGCUGCAGCUCAUCCUCUGGUCCCUGGCGGUUGCCUAUCUUGGAGUCUUCACAGCUGUGCCCCUGCGUGCACAGACCAUCGUGAGGGAACGGUUAAGGUUCCCGUCGGGUGCCGCAACAGCAAAGGUCAUACAGCUGAUGCACAACGAGUCAGGGGUGCAGGCCUAUGAGCGGCUUGAUAAUGUGGAGGGAGGGGAGGAUGGAGCAGGAAUUGAGGAACGGGCAGCAGGGGCUCACACUGGAAUAAGCUCCGACGCUGAACACCUCGUGUGGGCCUCUGAGUCGCCAGUCCCGCCGCAAGAAAUACCCGAAAUUGGGCGUGCGGGAACGAUGCAGUCACUCUUAUCAUCGUUGAGCGCAAAGAUGCGAAGCAUUGAGGAGGAGGAAGAGGGGCAUGAAGAGUUGGGAGUGUCAGGGGACUGGAAGACUUCAUGUGUGGCCUUGCUUGUGGCUUUUUCGUUUGCCUUUUUGUAUAAAAUGGUUGCUGAGCUGGUGGCUGUUUGCCACAGCGACGGCUUGCCUACAGAGGUGGAGGGGCAGAGUUGUCGAUACAUCUUCAAGGACUUCCCUGUGUUUAGCUGGCUGGGCUUCAAAGCAGCCACCGAGUGGGGUUGGAUCUUGAGCUUGAAGAUGGGGUACAUCGGCCAGGGCAUGAUCAUGGGCCCCCGUACAUGCUGGUCAAUGCUUGCCGGGGCCCUCACUGGCUUUGCAUGGCUAGGGCCUAUAGCCAGGAGGCGUGGGUGGGCUCCAGGGCCCAUCAGCAGCACAGAGAACGGUGCAACAGGUUGGGUUCUCUGGGUCUCUCUCGCCGUCAUGCUCAGCGACAGCCUGGUGUCACUGCUGCUUCUGCUGCUUGCAACACUGGUGAUGAAAUUGGGCAACAGACGAUCGCAACGGCACGUUUUCAAAGCAGCGCCCACUCCAGACGGUGGCGACAUACCCACCUCUUGGUGGGUUGGGGGUCUCCUUGCUGCGACUGUGUUGUGCACCGCGGUGGUGUCACCGAUGUUCUCCAUGGCGGUCUAUGAGCCCAUCGUGGCUGUCCUGCUGGCGUUGCUGGUCGCCGUCCUGGCAGUGAGGGCGCUUGGGGAAACAGACCUGAACCCUGUCAGCGGCGUUGGCAAAAUCUCACAGAUUGUCUUUGCUGGACUGGCGCCUGGCCGGGUUGUUCCGAAUCUGAUUGCGGGAGCCAUCGCCGAGGCGGGGGCCACACAGGCGGGCGACAUGAUGCAAGACUUCAAGACGGCGCAUCUCUUGGGCGUGUCCCCCCGCCCCCAGUUCAUCGCCCAGCUGAUCGGCGCCACGCUGAGCGUGGGCGUCUCAGUCGUCGCCUAUGACCUCUUCACGAGCGCCUGGCCCGUGCCCGGCCCAGAGCUCAAGGUGCCCACGGCCAGCAUGUGGCUCGACAUGGCGCGCCUCUUCAACGGCGGGUCCCUCCCAGCCAAGGUCGCGGAAUUCGCCGCCGCGGGGGCGGCCCUGGCCGCCGCCGUGGUCAUCCUGCAGCACUACCUCAAAUUUCGGUCCCUCGGGCCCUACGCCAACUUGCUGCCUAGCGGCAUUGGGUUUGCCGUGGGCAUGUACGUCGGGCCGCAGCUGACGCUGCCGAGGUUCCUGGGGUCGCUGGCCGAGCAGGUGUGGCUGUGGGCGUCGCCGGCCUCCCAUGCGUCGCUCAUGAUCGUGGUGGCCAGCGGGCUGGUGCUUGGCGAGGGCACGGCGGCGAUCGUGGUGGCCGCCGUCAAGGCGUCCCAGGCUUGA